UACAUGAUUGUGUAUCAUAAUGUACAAAUUUCCUUUAAUUAAUAUCUAAAAAUCUAUAUAGUCAUUUGCAAAAUGGUAGAGGACUUUUUUGUUCAGUUUGACUUAAUAUAUAAGUGUACAACGGCAGACGGCUCCACUGCAACUAAUCUACCAUAUCACGCAUGAUCAUUCAUCAAUCUUCUUUAAUUAAUAUUUCGACUAUUAUUACGAAUAUCGCAAAACGGUAUGGGACUUUUGUGUUUAUCUCGAUCUGCUUUACAUCUUUACGAAAGAUUGUGAAGCUAAUCUGGGAUACCCUGUAUAUAUACUACAGAUUUCAUAUAUUUUCUUUUCUCUCUUUCUCUCUCUCUCUCUGCUUUCUGCUCGUUGGCGCGCGUUCCUGGAAAAUUAGGUGACACCAUGAGAUAACACUUCCUCGGAAACGUCAAUUGAUAAUGACGGGGGAGAUAUUACGGAGAGGAGAUGCGCAUUCGGAAAACCGACACGCGCAGUUGGCCGGCGUGUCUUUCCUGCUUUAUACGCGCGCGCGCGUGUGUUUAUCGUGCGCAACAAUAGCGACAACGGGCGAAUAUUAAUAGAGGCGGCUGCGUAGUUCUAAAUCGAGUCGCCGGCGAGCGCUUUAAUUCCGCCUUCCGUGAAGUGCGGAGAGUCACGCGCGCGCCCUUCGAUUUCAUUUGACGUUUCUGCUCUGGGCCGGGGACUGAUAUCGUCGUUAUAUGUAUGAAAACUGAUCGAGAGAUGUACACUGAGAGGAGAGAUAUCUGAGAAAUAAAAAAUAUUUACUCGAUGGGCACUAAUAAAAUAUAUCAAUUUAGAUCAGAAUUCCUUCGUUUAAAUACAACAAGUAACAAUUGCUCUCAAAGAGAAAAAAACUCUUGAGAAAAUACAAUAUUUUCUCAUUUGAGGAAAAUUCUUUCUCAAUGUAAGCACAUGUAUAUCGGCACAAGUAAAUAUGCUAUUUGUACCCGUCGAAUAUAAAUAUUUUGUAUUUUCUAGAUAUUUUCUCUCUCAGUGUAGGAAUAUAUUUUCCCCGUGCAUCGUAAUCUCACUGAGAAGAAUUUAUUUGCAAAAUAUAAAGUUUGCUUACGCAGAAAUAAACUUGAUGUCUCACGAACAGCUUUUCGAGUAUUCUCUCCUCUUAGUGUAGUCCUCCAAUUUUGCGAGUCCAAUCCUCAGAUUCUCGCGCGUUCCCAUUUUCUAUCUCAUGUCACAGAGACCCCAUUCGAGUUUUCCCUGCUCAAUCAUCUAUUCAAUUAUUCAUUAUUAUUAUUACUAUCAAGAGCAACGUUAGAAGAAUCCGACUACACCUGCCCGUGGCGCUCGAGAGACACACAUUCGCAUUUCAAUGAGCUCAUCCUGAAAUUAUAUCGAGCCAAGUCACCGCGCGCUCGGAUGACUUCUAUCGCGUCGCGGUACGUCACGUAGGAUGAUUUUCGGAAUAAGCGGACGUGUGGCACAACAGGUAUACACGCGUAGAUGUAUUCGCGUCGUACGUGCCGCCGUGUCUCCGAUUAUCUAUCGCGGUGAGCGCGAAUUACGCAACGCUGCGCGCGUUAUGACGUUUCCGCGGAAAAUCCGCACGCGUGACACACACAAACACACUUGGCGCUGCUUGGCGCAUUGCGCGACAAUGAUUCGGCGGAAUUAUUAACGGCCGAUUUUCGUGAUUCAAUCGAUCUCUUUCUUGUUUGUCAUCCCUCGUCCCGAUGACGCUCGGCGUAUUUGUGAAACGCUUCCAAUUAUCGUCGGAGGUGUGUAUGCUACGCGUCAAUUGCGUCUCUCUCUCUCUCUCUCUCUCUCUCUCUCUCUCUCGCGCGCGCGCGUGCGAGAUAACUCCGGGGUUGCUUUUUACAUGUCACACGGGAGGCUGAAAUAAUUGAAUUCAGACGACAUUUAUGACGCGGCGAGAUAAUGAUCCGAAGGGAAUCACCGAGGUUGCGUAAUAUUUCGCCAUAAUCCCACGCGUUAGUUGGAAUUUAAUGAGCGUUUAUUUCCGUGGACGGCAUCUUUAUCGGCGAAUCGAAUUAACGCGAGGUAACGCCACGCGAGGCAUUGACGUCACGCCAGUCCGUACGAGAGAAAGAGAGAGAAUCGCGGUUUGAAUAUUAGACUGCCCGUACCACGUGGCAUCUCUUCUCACUCCCUUCGUCGUCGUAGUCGUCAUGUCAUAUUACACUGCCGCCACUUUGUCAUCGCGAACUCGUGAAUUGUGCGGGUUAAAAGUAUUAAGGAUGAAUCACACGAAUCGGUGAUUCCGCGUUCUUAAUUUAAUUCCACCUAGCCGAGAUCUCUUCUCGCGAAAGCGAAUAAUUUCGCGCGACGAACGUGACGUUCAUACAUUCGUCCGUUCAUCGAAAGACGACACGGAGAAAAUGUUACAGCGAAAAUUACGUGGGAAUUAUAUCCGUUUUCGCAAUGUUUUUUCCCGAGCUGGACUAUACCAAAAUUGUAUCACAAAUUGUUGUACACUGAGAGAGAAAAAAUAUCUUAGAAAUAAACAAUAUUCAAUACUAAUCAUUACUAUAUUUACACCAAUAUAAAAUAUUCUUUAAAUAAAAAAAUACAUAUUCUCUAUUUACAUUUUUUUGAAAUCUUAAUUUUUCACGAAAGCCAUUGUGCUUAUUAUAUUUAAUAAAAGAAUUAAAUAAAAGAAUAUUUAAUUUUAUUUGUCUUUAAUAAAAAAAAUUAAUUUUAUUUAAUAAAAGAAUGAAAUAUAAAAGAAUUCAUAUCUAAUAUGUUAUCCAAUAUAAAUACCUAUUGUGAAUAUUUUUUAUCUUUAGAUUUUUUUUCUUUUAAAUAUCUUUUUUAGAUUUUUUUCUCUCGGUACAUAAAUAGUAGAUUUGGCGAUCUAUCUAAUACACGACACAAGAAAUAUCUGAGUAAUUUUAGUAAUUUUGCAGUUAAAAAUUAGGCAAACAUGCUUAAUACUUUUAUUACUUUUGAACAAACAUGCAGUAUUUCGGUCAUAAUCCUGAAUCGAAGAUUGCAAAAAUCUUGUUGCCAUAUUUUCCAUAUUGAAAACAUCUCUUGUUCUUUAGGGCGUGCAAUCGCGACCACAAAGUUCAUGCUUCUUCUCCGACGCACUUCGCGACGCAACCGACUUCCAAGGGAAGAGUUUGGCUUUGAGAAUUUUUUUUUUCAAGAGAUAGGCUUCCUCAUCGGACGCCACGUGCGUUUCUCUCGGCCGAGGAAUGUGCGCCGACCUUUGUGGCCGCGAUUGCACCUUGCGACAAUUUCUGUCGAUCUUAUCGCUUCGUGGCGAAACACACACGUGCGACGAUCGCGAAUAUUUCACGUAUCGAAGGCGGAAAGACGAAGCCGCGGAAAUUCCCAGGCGAUGAGAGGCUCCGAUCGCGCGACCGAGAUUUCGCCAAUAAUUAAUUGCACUGCGGCCAGGGCCGGCUUGCCGUGCGUCGUGUCCUCCCCGUGAGCGGAAGAGCGGAAACGUGAUUCCCCCGAUCGCAACACGUGGCGUACGUCACGCCGCCACAUGCGUUUCCGCAUGCGUCACACGACGCGAAACGCGUCCGCACGUUGUUUCGCCGGCUGGAAUCGCGCGGCUCCAGCUUGAGUUGGCCGAGGCAAAAAGGAAACAAUAUACGUAUCGCGUCAGUCGCGAGCGGUUGUUUGCGCGAUUCGCGGCGGAAUUACGUCGUUCUCAGCGCGCGCGCAGCGACCAACGGCGUUGUUUACGCGCUUAAUUGGCCCUGCCGGGCAACAAACGGUAUAUAACGCGAGACAUUUCUACUUUUUUCCGCAUUAGUCGUGGAAAGAUUCGCGUUUCUCGCGGGGACUUAACCUGAGGGGGCAGCGAGGAACGAGAAGACGGUGUGUGUGUGUGUGUGUGUGUUUGUGUGCGUGUCUGCGCCACGCCGUGUCCACGAAGGUGUGAAUCGGCGCUUUAAAUAGACGCGCUUUCACGUCCACCGACGGGAAUUUACGAGUGACCGGGAUAUUUCGGGAAAAUCUCAGAGCGCAGAAACGUUCACGAGAGAGUCGGCGCUCGCGUCGCGUGGGCGAAAGUGCGCCGCUUUUGGACCGUGCGCGUAUACGCUUGUGUACAUGUGUGUGUGCGCGCGUGUAUCGGCCCGUCCGUCCUUCUGACGUUUCGCAAACUUGCGAUAUCGACGAGUGCAACGCACGUCGCUCUCGUUCGCCGAAAAGGAGACAGCUCUCCGGCACUUUGUUGCUUCUUUUUUUGAUGUACUAAGAGAACGAAUUAUGGUGGCAGAGUUUGUCUCGCGCCAGAGUGGAUCGCCCAUCAAUGGUGAGACCGCGUGCCUGAACAGCAACAGCAUGCCGGCCACGCACACAAUGGCGCACGGCGGCCACGGUGGCCACGCCGGUCACGACGCCCACGGACCCUUGCCGCCCCUGACCCAUCCUGGCCAUCACGGUGGGCCGCCAGCGGUCCAGCAGCAGCAUCAACACCAGCCGCAGCAGCAACCACCGCCGCCGCAGCAGCAGCAGCAGCAGCAACCUCAGCCUACCCACCAUCACCACCAUCACCAGGCGCAGCAGCAGCAGCAGCAGCAGCAGCAGCAGCAGCAGCAGCAACAACAACCGCAGCAGCAUCAACAACAGCAGCAGCAUCAUCACGACGCGCAGCAGCACCCGGAGAAUUACUCGUCGAACUUCGACAUCAGAAAGGACCUGUUCACGCAGCGCAAGCAGCGCGAGUUCAUUCCCGACAACAAGAAGGACGACAGCUACUGGGACCGCAGGCGGCGCAACAACGAGGCAGCGAAGCGGUCGCGCGAGAAGCGCCGCUUCAACGACAUGGUGCUGGAGCAGCGGGUGAUGGAGCUCAGCAAGGAAAACCACAUACUGAAGGCGCAGCUGGAGGCGAUACGCGACAAAUACGGCAUCUGCGGCGAGGCCAUCAUCAACCCGGAGCACGUGUUGGCCGCGUUGCCGAGCGAGCCGACGAUCACCGUGAAGCGGGCCAAGAUACCGACCCCGGCUACGCUCAUCUACACCACCCGCACGCCGAGUCCGGUGCACACGUCGGUGAUCCACCAGCCGGUGAGCGGCGCACGGUCGCCGAGGUCGCCCGCCUCGCAGCUCUAUGUGCCGGAGACCACGGCUUACCCGGAGACUGAGAGCUUCCAGUAUCCGUACUCGCACACGGCGAUGCAUCUGGAUACCACGAGCGCGCUCAAUCUCUCCCGUGGUCGCAGGGCACAGUCGCCCUUCGAGCUGUCGUCCGGCAGCGGUGACGAAGGCCCCCAGCUGGUAGUCAGCUCUCAAAACCCGGCCGCCAACAACAGCCUGCCGCACAAACUCAGGCACAAAUCGCGCAUCGGCGACAAAGACGCCGCGAGCGCGCUCUUGGCUCUUCAGGGUAUCAAGCAGGAGCCCGGCGCAAGGGCGUCGCCACCCUGGGACAACGAGGGCUCCAGCGAUGAGCGCGACUCCGGGAUCUCGUUGGGCGCCGAAUGGACAGGUCCGAAUGUCUCCGCGGUCUCCGACAGCGACCGCGAGGUGAAGCUGAAGCUCGACCGUUUGGCGUCUGAGGUAGCGUCGCUACAGUCGAUAUUCCGCUUCGGCAAACCAGCCGACAACCUGGUGGCGGUGCAUAGCUUGGCGUCGAAUGCCGCCGCCGCCGCCGCCGCCGCGGUCAGCGGACCGUGAGAGGUGCGCGCGACCCUGUGAAUCGGCUCGUAUGAGCCCUUUCCAUCGCUGGAUUCUCUCCGGCUGGAUGCCGAGAUUCUUUGAACAACUAGACGAUGACGACGACGACCACGAGGAGUCGUCGUUUGUUUGAAGCAUUCGAUGGACGAACGGAUCCUUGGAUCGUCGCGAAAGAAGCUGAUGACGUCGAGUUGAAUAUAGCGUUCCAAGAAGAUCGCGAGAAGAAUUCUUUUUUUCAGGCGGGUGUUACAAGAGCAGAUGGGUAGUACUCGCUUGACAUUCGCCCAUGAAUCCAUCAAAAUACGAAUAUUGUCGAAUCUUAAUCGUGUAUUUUUAUUACUCUCUCCAACAUUUUUCUGGAUCUUAUUUUACUUCGUUUAGAUUUCUUUUUCACGCAUAUUUGUGAAGAUAAUAUAUUGAUAUCUAUAUUUAAUUAACUAGAAAAGAAAUUAGACGACUCAAUGUCCGCUAAAGUGGAUGAUGCGAGUCGGUUAAUCAGGACCCGAUUUUUUACUUCUUCAACCACGCAGGGCAUACUUUUCUAGUCGGGCAACUUCUUGUCAACAACAAUUUCAUUGACAUUGUCAGAUGGACAUCGCGGCUGGGUUUACUACCGAUCUGCUCGCCGCGAGCUGCGAUCCCAUUAGAUACUGCAAGCACUUUGAAGCGCCAAAAGGAAAGCCAUUAUUGGUCUAUGCGGCGCUUCAAAACACUCGCAGCGUCUAAUGUAUAUCACACUCCCGAGUCAUCUCGCGUAAACAAUUGUAUCGCGGCGAAUGCGACAGAACGCCGUAGCGUCUCGUCCGCAAUACUUCGGAUCCUUCGACCGGCUGGACCGACGGACUACUCUCUUUCCCGGAACCCUCGCGAGACCGUUCCUUUUCGUUGAAAAUUAUAAUUUAUUGUGAUACGUCGAGCAGGAGGAGUCAGACCCCGUUCGCAAGGUUCCCGACUACGUGCGAGGUAUGCGUGUGUGUAUGUGUGUGUAUGUGUGUGUGUGUCUGUGCCCGUGUCUCUGGGCGGUUUGCCGGUCGAAGUUUCGGGAGGAGCGAUUUUUUUCUCCACUUUCCUACCGGAGCGACGGUAGGAGUUAAGAGCGACGCGAUUACCCGUAGCGUUCGUAAGUUGUACGUUGUAAGACCCGUAGGCUAAUCGUUCUUCUAUUAUUCACCAUUAUACCGUUACUAGAGCGAGGUUUGUUGAUCCGAGCAGUCGUAUUCGCGGCGAGGCGAGUCGGGUCGAGCCGAGAGCCGUGGCUGUCUCGGUUGGUGGCGAGUCGCCGCGAUCCGCGUGCCGUUUAACCACCCCGAGGUUUACUCCCCGAAUUGAUAAUUAGUUGCGCAACCGGCUAUCUCACUACCGUCUCAGACAUAACGAUUCCAUUCUCGCGUACGGAGCAGGAAUUCUGUCUUUUCAUCCCUAUUUCUCUCCUGCCAUCGUCAUCCAUUCAUCUGCUCCUUUCUUCCUCUUCUUCUUCUCAUCGUCUUCUACUCCUUCUGCUUCUUUUUCGCGAGUAUUAGUUGUAAAGCGGCGAGUGGAGCAUGAUGGAGCUUCGAGAGACGAAGCUGGCGACCGCGUUCACAAUUAUUUAUUUAUUGCCAAAAAGACCGAACUUCUGUCCACUGUCAAUCUUUGACGUUGACUUUUUCUCGAAAAUAAUGUUCCGCGAAAUCUCGAAGAUUCGGUGUUCAUCGGUGCCUCUCACUUCGAAUUCACUUUUCGUUUAUUUCACUCGCUCGCCAUCGCAUCAGAGCAGCCGCGCCUCGGAACUCCCGCGAAGCUCCACCGGUCUUCAAACUUUUCACUCUUGGACGCGGAGUCCACUCGGGACGAUUUAUAAUUCACGACACAUACUGACGGAGAAAAUUAUUCUCUCUUUCUCUCUCUCUCUUUUUCGAAAAAGUUCGGAAGACCGAGAUUACUUAUAAAUGACAACACAAAAUUACAGAUAGAAUACAAAUUAUAGAUCGAGGAGAACGAACUUUCGAGUCAUCUCCAUUGAUCCGGAUGUAACUUGAAAGAAAGAAAGAGAGAACAGCGAGGUUGCGCUUUAACAUUCGCGGCGUCCGUUCUCGCCCGACUUUGCGCCGACUGUCUCCUUUUUAUACUUUUGCUAUUAAUCGUAUUGCUACGACAUCGACGUGUAGUAGCAACACGUCUGUAUAUAUGUAUAUGUAUAAACGAAACGAAAGUGCAUCUGUGUUACAAAACGCCGUACGAGAGAACGCUAUCUGUCGACUCUAAAUGUACAAUAUUCGCUGCGGAAAAUCUUCUCGGAAGGCGGAAUUUAGUGUUGAAGUAUUAAGCGAGCCUAUAGGUGUAUGUAAUAUAUAUAUAUAUAUAUACAUAGCAUAUAUACUUACAAGAAAUAUAUAUAUAUAUACAUAUAUAUAUACACACUCGAUAUACAUAUAUGCAUAUAUUUUUCAAAUUAAUGUAUUUUUCGAUAUCAUCAUUAAAACGACGAACUAUGUGUAAACGCGUGUACUGCGCCCGAUUGUCGCGGACUCGAAGGAGCUCGAGAUAGAAGGACGAUGGAGGAGUCGUCGGUCGUAGCGGAAGUGUCGCCGACUUUCCGGCACGGCAAUUAUAUAGAACCAAAGUAGAUUGACUCUUUUCGAAAUCACGACGAGAAGAUAACAAGCCCGGCGCGCGUCUGGCUUUAGCGGGGAAGAGAGAAAAACAAUCCGAGGAUUGCGAUCCGAUGACAAGAGAGAGAACGAAAGCAACGGCGACGUGCAGUCGCGAAGAAGUCGGCGAGAAUCGCCGGGAAUUCGCUCAUCAGCGUCCCGAUCGAUCAACCAUUCGUUAAUACCAUAUGUGAUAUCGUAGAGCGAUAGAAGCGCGAAACCCGACGACGUUUUAACCCGCGAUCCCGCGGAGGACCGCAUCAUCCCCUAUUUAUUGUAUACUAAUCGCCUAUGUUAUACGGCGGAGCGCGAACCGACGAUGGUGAAGAAUUCGCGAGCGUACGAUUAUAGACGAAGGCGCGUCAAAAAGAGGCCGUGUUCAAGUCCCGUCACCCGCGUAGGGAGAGAGAGGGAGAGAGAGAGAGAAAGAGACAGACAGACAGAGAGAGAGAGAGAGAGAAAGAAAGAUUGGCUAUUGUCCGCGUCGGAAAGGAUCUCGCAUUGUAUUCCUCUCUCUUUCUCCCCUUCAUGUCUCUUUCUCUCUCCACUCCCCAGCGUGAAUGCUCCAGAUUUUGUACGGUAUGUUUGUACGUGAAACGAACCCGCACAUGACCGCGAGGUACAAGGACCGAAGCGACAGGACUUGAAUGUGCACGCGAGGAUCAACGUAGCCAGUAGCAAUAAGUGAGAUAAGCUAUCGUCGUCGAGCUCCGCGCGCUGUAAAGGAUACAAGAACGUAGUGAUAGUGUAGUGUAGGACACCGUUCUCGCAGUCGCGUCGCUGUAAAAUACCGAGAGUGCCUGUAUAACGACGGAAUCAUUCGCCGCGUGUCUCGCGAAUCGAAGAGGCGCGAAACCGCCGUUGUCGUCGGCGAAGCGAAGCCGCCGGUCGACGACGGCGAGAGGAACGAAGACAUUGUACCGUGUGCAUGUAAAUAGAUCGUCUUCUGCCGAGCUAAUUCGCAAUUUCCAAUCAGCGAGUUGACGACUCGGUCUCGUGCGAUUCCGGAUUUCUUCUUUCACACACAUUCAAACACACAUACAUAUACAGACACACACACACACAGACACACUGAUUACUCGCGCACCUCUGCCUCGCUCGCCUCAGACGAUCGCGAGAGAGCCGAUAUAUAUUAUUGUACAUAUACAAUCGCACCUUUGCCAAAAAGCAGUUACGAGGACCGCGAAGCAAGGUCGGCCGGAGAAGGAACGAACGUAUUUUUUACCCGCCCUUCGCCCCGUGUCCCAUCUAAGUUGUACCCUCUCCUCCUUCUCCCUCCCUCUCACACUCCCUCCGCGAAAUGACUCGCGCGCGUUUUCGACUAUACAGUUCCUAUGUGCACUACUGCUGGUAUAUAAAAGCGACUCAGGCGAUCGAUAACCAAGUCGUCCGCGAUAAUCAUGUAUGUAUAAUUCCGAUCUUAUUAAGCUUCGGUUCCCCCCUUUCUCCGGCUGCUCGGAGAUGUAAGUAUUUAGACACUAAGGGACAUAUCCACAGCGCGUGUAGUGUACUUGUAUAUGAAUACCGAAAUAAAUAUUUUCAAUGUUUUUGACAA